AUAUUUGGGGGGGUUGUUUGAAUUUUGUUAAGUGGAAAGAUUCUAGAUACAAGGUUAGUAAGCUGUUUGAUUGGAUUUUGCGUGAACGGACAGCUGUUCUCCGGCCCACUUCUGACCUCAGAAACUAGAAAUAUUUAUUUCAGGCCCUGACCCACGGGUCUAUGUGGGCGGAAAUGGAAGGCACCUGUCAGGUGGCUGGCCUUGAUCUAGGCCAACAGGAAACUAGCCUCCCCCGUUCACCGUGGUCAGAGCCCCUUCUUCACCUGCUUGACCUCGGCCUUACAAACCCAAGACUGAGCGCCCCCUGGUGGCAGGGCCUUGGAUCUGCGGGAAGUGGCGUCCCGAUCCCAGAGUACUCAGAAGGCAGCGAGGCCCACGCGAGUCACAGCCUAGGCGCUGGGAAGUGCCCUAGAGGCAGUUACUAGCCACAGGCGUGUGUGCUCGUGCAGCCAGUUAAGUAUUACGCCGACCAGCGGUUCCUCCGAGGACCCUUCUGCAGUGAAGCAAACGCCCACUUUCACCCGGGAAGAUGGAAAAAAUGGGCGCCACGCUUUACGUCGGCCGCGAAGGACUCCUCCCCUAAAAUCUUCAUCUGGAACGGCCCUCCAUUCACGUGGGCCAAUCACGCGCUCAGUCUCUUCCGAAAAGCUCCCGGAAGGAGGUUGGUUGAGGCUGUUUGACUGUGGCGGCGGGAGCGGAAUGAGUAAAAACCGCGCGGAGCUGGCUGCAGCCCCUGGGGUUGUCCUGAGUUACCUGCAGGAGCAGAACCGGCCCUACAGCGCCCAGGAUGUGUUCGGGAACCUGCAGCGGGAUCAUGGGCUUGGCAAGGCGGCUGUGGUGAAGGCCCUGGAGCAGCUGGCACAGCAGGGCAAAAUUAAGGAGAAGGUGUACGGCAAGCAGAAAAUCUAUUUUGCGGACCAGGAUGCAUUUGAUACUCUGAGUGACACAGAUCUCAAAGGCCUUGAUGAUGAAAUUCUGUCUCUCACUUCCAAAGUCCAAAGUAUCCAGCAGAGCUGCCGUCAUAUGGAAGUUGAGCUGAAAGAACUAACUAACUCCCUGACUACACCAGAAAUGUGUAAGGAAAUUGAAGAGUUAAAAAAACAAUGUGCCAGUUACACAGAGAGGCUGAGUAAAAUCAAAGCAGCUACCAACCAUGUGACUCCAGAAGAAAAAGAAAAGGUGUAUCAGGAGAGGCAGAAGUACCACAGAGAGUGGAGGAAGCGGAAGAGGAUGGCAACUGAACUGUUUGAUGCAAUCCUGGAGGGUUACCCCAAGAGUAAGAAGCAAUUUUUUGAAGAAGUUGGAAUAGAGACAGAUGAAGAUCACAACAUCACCCUUCCAGACCCCUGAGGUACCUCUCCACAUAACAUUGGAGAGGCAGAGGAGCUUCUCAGACUCAUGGUAUUGGUUUUGUUUUGGCACUUCCAGGAGUCCUUUUGGCUAGAGGUGGAAAAGGACUAGACUGAGAGGAAUCAUCAGUUUAAUGGAUUUGACUUAAAUUCAGAACAAAUUUGGGCUUAAGCAUUUCAUAAAAUUUAUUGCAAUUACAAUUUGAUAUAAAAAUAUUUAGUUUCCA